AUGUCUACAACUCAAACUCCAACUGUAUUAUGGGCUCAACGUUCCUCUGAAGAUGACGCUGCCAAAAAUAUCAUUUAUUUAACCAUUGCUAUAUCUGAUCCAGUUGAUUUGAAAAUAGAUUUGAAAAAUGAUCAUUUAACCAUUGAUUCUAAAUCUAAUGAUUCUGUUUAUUCAUCAAUUGAUUAUCAUUUACACAUUGACUUUUUCAAAGAAAUAGAUCCUGAUCAAUCAAAAAUAAAUACUGAAAAUGGAUCUCAUAUUUUUAUGAUUCUUCGUAAAAAAGACAAACAAGAAGAAUAUUGGCCACGUUUAACUAAAGAAAAAUUGAAAUAUCAUUAUAUUAAAACUGAUUUUGAUAAAUGGGUGGAUGAAGAUGAACAAAAUGAAGUUAAAGAUGAUCCAAAUGAUUUUGGUGGACCUGGUGGAGCCAUGGAUUUCUCACAAAUGUUGAGCGGCAUGGGCGGCAUGGGCGGAAGUGGUGGUCCCGGUGCUGCUGAUCUUAGUGCAUUGGCUUCUCAAUUAGGCCAAGCCGGUGGUGCUGCUAAUCCUGCUGGUGAAGAAGGUGGCGAAGAGGAAGAAACAGAAGAAGAAGCAGAAUCAAACACCAAUGCUACAAAAAAAGAAUAA